AUGUUUAUCAAAUCGAUCGUCGGUCUCAGCAUCGUUGCUCUCGUUGCAGCUCAAAGCAGCAGCUCCAACGCUACCAUUGAUCCAAACUCAAUUUCACCUUCGUUGAGAGCUCAAUGGUGUAAUGCCCAGCUCAAUACUUGCGGUACAUUGUGCAAUGGUGCUGUCAAAGACAACACCUGUGACACUACCGACUUGGACUACACCUGUACCUGCGCUUCAAAUUCAUCCACACCAGGUCUUCAAUACUACCAAGAAACCUUACCAACUUACAUCUGUGAACAAGUUUUCUCCAACUGCAUUGCCGCAGGUGAAAAUGAUGCUGCGGCCCAAAAGCUUUGCACCCAAAACGAAGCAGCCAACUGCGGUCAUUUGAAUCCAAAUGACUACGUUCCUGCUGCCGCCUCUUCCUCCAAUGGAUUUGGGAAUAAUACAACAAUCUUUGUAUUUUUGCAAAGAGCAUGGGAAACUCUCCGUAUCAUCCAAUGA